UUUUACGGAAGGUAUCAGUUCCUGUUCCCUCACAAACAGAAGCUCAAAGUCCACCUGCAUGAUCAGAGAAACAAACUUGGGUCAAAACGUUUCUCCCUCUUCAUGUCUGAUAAGGAUUUUGUGAUUACUUCUUUCUCAAUGAAUCAACACAGUCAGCCUGCAGCAUGAAGAACUGGAGCAGGAAAUUCAAGAGACAGGAGCCUGACAGUGUGGUCGGCUCCUCCUCAAGCAAGAGGAACUCCAUUAGUGAUCCACCAGUGCCUGUGUGGGUGACUCACACACCCACACCAGAUAAUAUCACAGAGGAUGGCGACAAUAACUCCACAGGCCGCACAUCCAGCACUGCACCGUAUGCAGAGAAGGAGGAAGCAAAAGGGAGCAUGAAGGAAAGGCUGAGAUCCCUCAUCCCUCAGGCAUGGGGUGGCAUCAUGCAUAAAUGGAAAAAGGAAGGGGACAGUUUUAAUGACUCUGAAGCCAGCAGCAACAGGAUCCAGAUCCUUCCUAAUGGCACCAGAGUGAGCCCUCCUGUGAGUCCCCUGCUGGAGCGCAGGAAGUGGGGUGAUUCACUUCCCAACUCCAGCUGUAACUCCCAGAAGCCUUUGCUGAGGGAAAGCCCUUCUGAUGAUCUGUUCGAUCUGAACCCACGAGAGGAAUCCCUCCUCACGAGUAUCCACCCUGCAGAGUACUACGCUGAGAAGCUGGAGGUCUACAACCAGAAGUACUCUUAUUUGAAAUCCUGGCCAGGGUUGCUCAGACUUCUUUCCGGAAUUCAGCUCCUUUUUGGGGGCAUGGUCUUGGCCUGCGUCAUCGGUUACAUCCAGAAAGACAAUGAGUGGUCCAACAGCUACGGACUCUAUAACGGUGCUUAUAACAACGGACUAGGCAUGUCUGGAUACAGCUACAGAGGCCCCAUGACGCCCUUUAUACUGGCAGUAGCUGGAAUCUCCUGGAUUAUAACCUUCAUUCUCUUAGUGAUGGGAAUGACGAUGUAUUACCGCACCAUCCUCCUCGAUGCCCCCUGGUGGCCUCUGACGGAGGGCCUAAUUAACGUGGCGCUGUUCCUGCUCUACAUGGCGACGGGGAUCGUCUACCUAAAUGACUUGAACCGCGGGGGGCUAUGCUACACGACGAUAGGCGUUAACCCCAUCAUGGCCAGUCUGUGUCGGGUGGAAGGGGGCCAGAUGGCGGGAACAGCUUUCAUCUUCAUCAACAUGGCCUUGUAUCUGGCUAGCUUCCUUGUGUGUCUGAAGAUGUGGAGACAUGAGGCCGCUCGUAGGGAGAGGGAAUACUUUGAAAAAAAGCCCAAGGAGGAGUUUCACCAGUCCAUCCCACUAACACCUCAAAAAACAAAGCACAUUUCAUUCAAGGAUGAAACGGAUAAGUCUCUGAGUACAGGUUUUACCAACCAAAAAGUGCUCCAUAAGAACCCAGUCAGUGUGAACAGAGCCACAGCGUCUGAAUACACUCCCAAAGUUCACAUCAUCGCAGACUAUAUCAUAAAGUAUCCAGAGAUCAGCUGUGUGGAAAAAAGGGAAAAGUACAAAGCGGUUUUCAAUGACCAGUAUCAGGAAUACAAGGACCUUCACAGAGACAUCAGCAGCACCCUCCAGAAGUUCAGAGAGCUGGACGCCACCAUGGCACAACUUCCCAGAGAGGGAAAAAGCCAAGAGGAUAAGCAGAGGAUUCAAACUAUUUUGCGGAAGUAUCAGCAGAAAAAGAGCGACCCUGGCUUCCUGGAGAAAAAGGAACGCUGCGAAUAUUUAAAAGCUAAAUUAAGUUACAUUAAAAACAGAAUCCACACUUUUGACGAACAGGCCAUGGAAAAUGAAUGGGAAUGAAGAAGAACAGAGAGAAAUGGCUUAAGCACCCAAUGAGCAGACAAAACAAAUAACCUUUUAGUCAGUGAUUCAUUGUCUCUUUUUUAUGCUUUCUCAUAUGUUGAUUGCAUUGAAUAUAUUUAUUGCGUUAACAAGAAGUUAGAGGUUAACAUGAAACCUGUUUUUUUUAACACCAGAGCUAAUGCACUAUAAGGGCUGAAUGGUACACUCCUUUUGUAUUGUGUUCGUACAUGUAAAUUCAGUGUUUUACCAGUGAUUGCACUAAAUAUCUUGUAAAGUUUGUAUCAUAAAGGUUGGAUUUUUGUAACUUACAUGUACUGUAUGCUGUUUUUUAUUUGCACAAUCAUUGUAUAUUUUGUGCCCUGUGUUGACAGUUGGUUUAAAUUACGACCUAUGUUGGCUUCUUUGUUUUGCUCCUUAGGUGUGUUAUGUAAUACAUGAUUUGUAUUGUCCUUCAGCUUUUUUAUUUCUCUAUGUUUAUAAAACAAAAAUAAAUCUAGUUCAGAAUUAAGUUGGGAGCUCGGUAAAGAGACUUUACAAAUAUUUGUUUAGGCUCUAUUAGCCUGGUGCCUUUCUAACUUGAAAACACCAAAAGGUAAUUUUGUUAAUAUGAAACAUCUAAGAUGCAUUUAAGUAAUUUGAGUCAACCUCUGGAUGUUAAUUUUAGACAGAUAUUUAGCGUCUGACUGGCUAUAUAUCUAGUUUAUAUAUUUAAAACAGAUGUUUUAAACAUACAAGGGACACAUACCAGGACAUUUUAAAUGAAUCUUCUAUUUAUGUGAAGAUAUAAUAAUCUAUUCUUUUUUCAACUGCAAUUAGGCCAGACUCCCACAUUAUAUGACUAUAUUUCCGGUGUCCUUGUUGCUAAUUUCUGCAUUAUCAUUAUCACUGAUUGUUUUCUGCUCAUUAAUACAGUGACAGUCACUGCAGUGUCUAUCAAUAAAACAUUA